ACGGUCGCGGUCAGAGCCAAAAGGCAUCAGCAAAAAUCAUCCACCAUUUGGGGAGGAAAAACUUCGAUGUUCAAUAAUUUUCUUCUCUUACUUCUCUAAAAACGCAUCACAAACCAUCGAAAUAUACUUAAAGGAUCCGGAACGAAUCAAUCUACCGAACGAAAUAAUUAUCAAGUCGAAGUUCAAGCCGAAAAUUGUUGAAUAUAUUGUGUAUUGCUCUGUGUGUCCUCUCCCGAAGUAACAACAAGUAUUUUAGUUUUCAAAAACCGUUUAUGUGUCGUGUAAAUAAUAAUCGAAAAUCAAAAACUUUGCCCCAUACAGAGCGUGGAAUGAUGAAGCAACCGGAAAGGCUUACACCUUUAAUCGUUCGAGCUGUUUUGGGUUCGAUUGUUUGAAAAGAAAAAUUGCAAGCCUUCCGGAAGAGAAUCGAAUUGAAGUGAAACCACCGCCUGAAAGCAAAAGAUAAAAUCUGGGUUUUCCAGCGCACAAACGCAAAAAAAAAUUAAUGAGCAACAAGAAUGCCUGAUCGCUGAGCUAUGAUAACGCAGCAGCGAGUAAAAAAACUAAGCAAAUUAACCAAAAGUGACAAACGGAAUCAUAAAACGAGGAAAAGUUAAGGAAAGAAAAGUUUCCUCGUCACACGCGACUGAAGAAAGCAUGGAGAGAAGAAUGUGAAACGAAAUUAAUUUGUGAUCUGACAAAAGAAAAUCAAACUAGGAGGUUCGACUCGGUCCUAGACCAGACACCCAGCGCCCUCCCCUACAGGGGAAUGCCGAGCUAAUGCAAGUGAGGACAACCGCGAAAUCGCCAUACAUUCGUCCUUAAAACAAACAUCGAAUUUUUACGCAGAAAACGCAAACGAAAAAUAAAUCAAGGAAAUAUCACCGCACGCAUACACAAAUAGGUGGGAUCAAAUUCGCCGAAGUCUUUUUUGUUUUUCGUUACAAAGUGAUGUUGAGCAUAUGAUAUAUUCUACAUUGUUACCACAGACAGUUGAUAAGUGAAUAAGGAUAAGCAAGUAAGGGAAAUAUUUAGAUUAAGGUGUUACCGAAAAGUUGAAAGAAACGCUGGAAGGCGUGUGGGAGAAGAAAAUCGGAGCAAACAUAAAGCAAGAAUAGUGCCCAGAAGGCUUCCAAGCUCGGAAAGUGAAAGCAAUUGCACGCAGUCGGCCGUGUCCUUUUUUAUUAAGUGAGUAGGCGCGCGCUCUCCCGAAUCCUGAUCGUCACGGAAUAUCGCUCUCGUGGGGUAGACAACAUCGUAGCAGCCGAGAACUCUGUUCGGCUUCUGGUCGUUUUUCGUACCUAGGGUUACCCUCGAAGCAGGACGACGCAUUUUGUUGAACCACCCUUACUGUUCGGCGUGUAAAACCUCUUCAUCCCCACAAUCCACCACCCCACCACCACUACAGGCACACAACUUUUCACACUCGCUAGAACCCCCACCUUCCCCUCUCACCAAUCCUAACCAACUGCGGCAAAAAUGGGUGACGACAGGAAUAACAAGAAGAUUCUGCAAAAUAUAAAAAUGCCAGAGCAGAGCAACGACUACCGAGUGGUGGUGUUUGGCGCUGGAGGUGUCGGAAAAAGUUCGCUGGUUCUCCGGUUUAUCAAAGGAACGUUCCGAGAAAGCUACAUCCCGACCAUCGAGGACACCUACAGACAGGUUAUUAGCUGCAACAAGAACAUAUGCACAUUGCAAAUCACCGACACCACCGGGUCGCAUCAAUUCCCGGCCAUGCAACGACUUUCCAUCACCAAAGGUCAUGCCUUCAUUCUCGUUUACUCGGUGUGCUCCAAGCAGAGCCUCGAGGAACUGAAGCCCAUCUGGAGCCUGGUUAGGGAGCUGAAGGGCGAAGAGAUAUCGCAGAUUCCGGUGAUGCUGGUGGGAAACAAGUGCGAUGAACCGGAGGAAUUGCGGGAAGUCACCAACAUCGAAGGCCAAACGGAAGCUGCCACCUGGGGGAUUUCCUUCAUGGAGACCUCUGCCAAGGAGAACCACAACGUCACCGAGCUGUUUCAGGAACUGCUGAAUAUGGAGAAAAAUAGAAAUGUGUCCCUGCAGCUAGACGGUAAGAAUAAAAAGAAAAACAAGAAGAAAAUGAUGAAGGAGCAGGCGAAGGAGGAGAAGCUACUCAAAGAAAAGAAGGAGAAGGCGAAACAGCAAGCCAAGGAGAAGGAAAAAACCCAGAAGGAGAAGGAAAAGAAGAAAGAAGAGCCCAAAGAUAAGGCGAAUGGAACCAAGACCAAAGACGGUGCUGCUGCCGGUGGGGCUGCCGAAGGCGAGGGGAGUGGCAGUCUGAAGGAAAAAUGCAAAGUGAUGUAAUUGUGAAGCAAGUUGAUAUGCACAGUCUUGCCAAUCGCUGAGAGGUAAGGCGUAAAAACCAAGAAAAAAAGCAACAAGCAAACAACAAGAACAACAAAAUCGAAUUAAAUCGAAUAAAGUAGAAGCAAGCAAGCAAGAAUAUGAAACAAGUGAACGGGAAAAGAGACACACACAUUAUCAGGUUUUAAAUCGAUUUUAGACACUAAAGAACACAUAAUUGAUUGAAAACAAACACGAAAGAAGAAGCAGCUGAUAAAGAGACAAAACAAAAAUGAUAUUAUACAACCAUAAUUAUAUUUAUAUAUACUAAAAAGAAAAAAACAAUAUUAUGUACAUAUGAUAGUGCUAAUUUAAAAUUAUAACGCAACGUAGAAACAAGCAGACGCUUAAAACUUCAUGAUAUGCCAUUAAAAUCACUAGCAAAUAUAGCAAAUUAUUAUAUAUUUUGCUUCGAUAAUUCAAUAAAUUUGAAUAAAUCGUUAAAUUUAAAACCAUCUA